AUUCUCGAAACUUAUCCAUCAUGUGAAAUCCAUAUUUGCGUUGUUGAUAUAAGAAAUAAGCAAGAAAUUGAUGACGCGAUUGCAAAUCUUCCAUCCGGGUUCAAAGAUAUAGAUGUUUUGGUUAAUAAUGCCGGCACAGCAUUCGGUUACGAUCCGUUAGAAGAGAAUUCUCAAAAGGAUAUUCAAACAACAAUAGAAACAAACGUUUACGGUCUAAUAUAUAUGACUCAAGCUGUAUUACCGAGAAUGAAGGAACGGAAUUCGGGGGAUAUUAUCAAUAUGGGGAGCAUUUCUGGGAAAGGAACUCAUGGAAAAGGAGAUGCCAUAUAUGCUGGUUCGAAGUUUGCUGUUGAAGGAAUUACUGAGUAA